AGCUGCACUUACCUCCCUUCCUCAGGCUGUUAAGUACCUUUUCUCCAUCAUCAAGUCGCGCCACGAAUCAUCGGCCAUCAUUUCCUGCUGGGAAGGCUGCCGAACUCCUCUCUGAGAGAACGCCGUCUGGUAGUUGGGCAGAGGAACCCUUGGGCUUUCCCGCCAUCAUCACGAGAAGACAUGGGAAUCGCCAGCACUUGUGUUGUGCCUUCUAUCCGAUCAUCAGCCUAAAUGGACCCUUCGUCAUGCGAACUUUUAGUCCAUAUCACUGCUCCAAGUGGCGCCCGAGAUGACAGGCGGUACGCGUCCGUCGCGCAGUCAAUCUUGGAUUUUCAGCCUGCCCGAAUAACAAAGGUAUCCGAGGUAGAUUUCAUUUCUUCUACUCCCAAUGCCACGACCACGCCAAUCGGAGUGGGUGAACAGGACCAUUCCUUGACGCAUAGAUCGCCGUCUUCAUCGGAACACGAUACUCGUCGUCCGAGGACUGCUCCAGCAGCAGAUCCCGCGUCAGGCUACGCUAGAGGCCAGUCAGCAGCAAGAAGUCCUAGGCGCGCCCGUCCUGAUGCGUCAUCUACCAGCGGAGUCUCUUCUUUAAGAACAAGGAAUAAACGGCCGCAUUUGAGCAGCGACAAGCGGAACAAUACUGAGCUUACUCGGCCAUGGGGAGCACUGAAGCCCACUUCUAGGACAUCGACGCCGGAUGAGAGUAGAAGCACCGGGACUUCCCCGAUCAAGGCUCAGAACACACUAGACACUGACUCGAUCCCAUCUACAGUCUCCCCAUCUCAACCUGUUUACCGGCAUGAGGCCGCACCCGGAAACGAAAUCUCUGGAUCGAGACAUGACUCUGUGGUAGACCUGACGACCCCAGUCCCGCUUAAGCCGGCCUGCCAGAACACUGAGUCCCGCCACCUGUUUGGUGGCAUCUCGAAUUGCCGCGAUUCUGAUACUGGUCGACCGUCCAAGCGCAAAAGGAACCUCGUCAGACAAUUGCCUAACGAAAUCCGUGGACCUAAUGCUAAAGGUGGUCAAGCAAGAUUCAGAACUCAUGUCACCAAGACUCUGGGAAAACUUGCUGUUCGGGUACCUCUAUCGAAUCACUUUCGACCAGUCUAUGUGGCUCGAGAUGUCAAUGUGUUAGAGCGAGGAUACUGGCAGUUUUCAAUCCAUAUUGUCGACUCUUCCACCACGGAAGCCGCGAGGAAGGAUGAGGCGGCAUGCGUAUGGACCGAGAAAGAAUUCGUCCAAUUCUGGCAAAAUCUCUCACGGUUUGUGCAGGAUGGCAAGGCGGGCUGGGGAACAGCCCUGGUCAAAGAAGAAGACGGAGAAAGGCUAUGGAGGAUUAGGUUAUUCACAUGGGCUGAGGUCCUCGGACACGUUUGGCUAGUCCUCUGGGUACUCUCGGACAAGCUGACGGAGCGCAUCCCCAUGCAAUGGAUAGCUGGCGACGGGACUUUGAUUGUCAAGAUGUCAAGGGAAAAACAGAAGCGAGGCCGGUUGGGGACUUGGGUAAGAAAGGGGCCUGAAGACGAGCGAGGCUCCUGGGGAUUUGCUUAGAUCUGGGGUCAUCAUAAACUUACCUAGAUGAAACUCAUAUAGGGUACUCUAUUGAUCA